AUGUCGGUCGUCAUCUCAGGAAAGAUCACCGGCGUCUCGGCUGACUUUUGUGAGGCGUGCUCUCACACAGCUGUCCACAUGUACAAUGGCUUACUCUAUUGCUUUGGAGGCGGAAAGAAAGGAAGUAACUAUCUAUUCCGUGUAAGCGAGAAGCUCUCUGUUUCAUCGAGACGACCUAUGCCAUGUCUUCCCAGGACGCUGAAUGCAACCUGCAUCACCAAUAACAGAUUAUACUCUCUGGGAGGCUGCGAAUCUAUGUUGAACAUUCACGAUGGACUGAUCAGCGGAGAUGUAUUGAGCAUAAUUAACCUCGUGGAUAACUCCUAUUGUGAAGUUUUCUUGAUAGGCGUUAAGAUACCCGGACUAGUGGGUGCAACCCUCCUGCCCCUGGACUCAGCAAACAUACUGCUUUGCGGCGGUGCCGAUAGCUCCGGUCAAGCGUCGACAGUUUUCUAUCUAAUUAGUACCACUGAGUACCGCGUAUCUAUAUACUGCGAGUUUCCGGCUCCUGGCAUUGGUUCGUCAUUCACCCUUGUGAACGGGGUCAUUUAUGCAUUCGGAGGGCAGACGACAGGAGGCCUAGGAAACACCCUAUACACCUUAACUGUUUCAAAAGCCACAGAAGAAAGACAAUGGACGUCGCACAGAGUUCCUUCAAAGAUUCCAAGGAGAUACUGCCACUCUGCAUGUGGGUACGAAGGCUAUCUAGCUAUCUUUGGGGGCCGGACAGAGACACGUAUACUUAAUGAUAUGUGGAUCUACAUCCCUCAAUCUGAUGAAUGGCGAAAAAUUGUCUGUCCUCCGUCUCUAGGUGGUCGAUACUCAGCUCCCAUGUGUGGCUUAAAAGAAGGGAUUCUUGUGGCCGGCGGUAUCGGGGCGCUCGCUAUUUACGGCGCUCCCUUCAUUGUAGAGCCGCUGUACUCCCUAACCAAAAGUCCAGUUAAACAAGUGGCACUCAUAUAA